CAACUAUUCCCCGCGAUUUUGGCCACCGGCCACCGGAUAAACUCACACCCACUUCCGAACGCGUAUCCGCAUUAAUUCACCCCCACCACCUUCCCCCCAACCACAACUCCACAGAUUCGAUAUAAAUGACAACCAACCCAUAAGCCACAUUCACCACCACCGCCGACUGUCCAUAUUGGGCCCUUUACGUUGAACCCCCUGGAGAUCUACCGUUUCUGCAUAAUCUCACCACAUGGAUUCAAACCCCCUCUAUUGACGUAAAUAAAGACAUAUAUUAUCAAACCAAAAGAGCGACGUGCACGCGCAGCUUUUGCCCUACGUUCCUUCUCAUCACUCCGUCGCCGGACUACCCGGAGCUCGUUCCUUCGCACCCUCCCCCCCGGUGGAAUAUCUCCGAGGCCCGUCGGCGCCCGAGACACGCCUGCAUAUCUCGCCUGAGCCUUCAAAGCAGCUCGUGUUGGGGAAUCGCCCCCUCCCCCCCACGCCGCGCCGUUCCUUCUCGGGUGAAGCAUGAUAGACAGCAAUGAGCCUGGCCAACAAUAACCCGCCCUCUUCGGCCAGCGGGCCAUCAUCCGCCGCUGCGGCAAAACAAAACCUAAAGAGGAGUGUGCAGCAGGCCUUUGAAGAACCCGCGGACAGAAGCAGCGGCCAUGUUGCAUAUCAGAGCAAGGUCCGAGUCGUUGACCGAUACAAGGUCAUCGGGUUCAUUAGUAGUGGUACUUAUGGCCGAGUUUACAAAGCGGCAGGCCGCCUUGGACAGACAGGGGAAUUUGCGAUAAAGAAGUUCAAGCCCGACAAGGAGGGUGAGCAGAUUCAUUACACUGGCAUAUCACAGUCAGCUGUACGAGAGAUGGCGCUAUGCUCAGAACUGAGCCAUAUUAAUGUUAUCAAACUCAUUGAGAUCAUAUUGGAGGAUAAAUGCAUCUACAUGGUCUUUGAGUAUGCGGAGCACGAUCUCUUGCAGAUCAUCCACCACCACACACAACCAACACGCCAUCCAAUACCAUCCGCAACAGUUAAGAGUAUCAUGUUUCAGUUACUGAACGGCUGUCAGUACCUGCACAGCAACUGGGUCCUUCACCGAGACUUAAAACCUGCAAACAUCAUGGUAACAUCUGCUGGAGAGGUUCGAAUUGGAGACUUGGGGCUGGCUCGACUUUUCAGCAAGCCUCUGCACUCAUUAUUCAGCGGAGAUAAGGUCGUUGUCACAAUUUGGUACAGAGCACCCGAGUUGCUUCUGGGGAGCCGGCAUUAUACCCCUGCUAUAGACAUGUGGGCGGUGGGCUGCAUUUUUGCUGAGCUGUUAUCUUUACGGCCCAUCUUCAAAGGAGAAGAAGCCAAGAUGGAUUCAAAGAAGACAGUGCCAUUUCAAAGGCACCAGAUGCAGAAGAUCGUCGACAUUAUGGGCCUACCAACGAAGGAUAAGUGGCCGCUUUUGGUCUCGAUGCCAGAAUAUGCCAACCUUUCUUCGCUCCAUGCCCCGGUACAGCCGAAUGGCAAGCCAGCAGGCUCCAAGCUCGAGAGCUGGUAUUACUCAACCAUUGGGCAGCAUUCGGGAACUUCUCAGCCAGCCUCCUCCUCCCUAGGCGCCGAGGGGUAUAAACUGCUAGCAGGCUUGCUGGAAUACGAUCCUGAUAAGCGGCUUACGGCUCAACAAGCAUUGGAGCACCCGUUCUUCAGCACAGGUGACAAGGUUUCCAGUAACUGUUUCGAGGGCAUGAAGACAGAAUAUCCCCAUCGCCGGGUGAGCCAGGAUGACAAUGACAUCCGCACUGGCAGUCUGCCAGGGACGAAACGGAGUGGCCUCCCUGACGACACACUGGCACGUCCUUCCAAACGAAUGAAGGAGAAUUAAGCAUCACGUGAUUUAUCUAAAGUCUGGAGUAUGUGGUAGCAAGAUACCUAAGGAUUUGGGGAGCGAUUGAGAGUUGCUUGUUGGCGUUGCAUGAUGUGGGUAUCAUUUUUGUACAUGAGCUGCAACACGUAUACCAUGGGUGGGGAUUAGUUGGCGUUACGGGAUCAAUCGCCAUCCAACGGCAUGGAUGCGGAGGCGAAAGAGAGUAUUGAAGCUGUUGAAUGUAUAUUUGCUACUAUAGUCUUAUCUAAUGCCAAUACUUGUAUUGUAGACUACUCAGGAUUAUAG